GCACGCGCGAGCGUUCGGACCCUUUCCGCGCACCAGUGUCCACCGCCGCGCGCCGCGACCUACCAUUAAGAAUUGGACGUUCGUACCGUCGGCGUCGGAGCGUUAUCAGUCGUUAGUGUACACAGACGGUCGUUUCGAUUCCGCGGCGGCAAGUGGAAACACGGCGCAAAUACCAUCACCACCCGUUGUCACUGGUCUGCGUCUCUUCCACACUUCCACUGUGUAGUCCGUCGUUGUAACGUGUUUUGAUCUCCAACACCGGACCACCCUGACGCCAGUACCGUUGAGUACCGUCUCCGUGAAUAAUAACCGUGUACUUCACCGUGGCUUUCGUGCAUCGGCGGCAGUUAUGGCGACUUUCGACCGGUGCACCGGCGUUGGUGCGUCAUUCGUCGGACCCAUCGGAAUUCAGGAUUUAUCUAUGAGCUAAUAUGGAUGAAUCUUGCACAGAAUAUGAUUUAAUGAUACACAAUAACAAGCAAGUUGAAAAACCAUCAAAUAAAAGAAAUUCAUCUUCUGAUAUAGAAUUGAUAGAUGAAAACCAUUCUAUUAUUGAUUCUAAAUCAAGUCUACCAACUAGAAAACAAAGACUUAUUGAUUAUUUAACUACAACUCACACACCUGAUAAAAACAUAACUUCAAAUUAUAAAUUACACAAUUUUUCUACUGUUAAUUUGAUUAAUUUUGUACCAAAAAUUGAUGAUUAUAACAAACCAGUGAAAGUUAAAUCCCAAUGGACCCGUACAAGUCAAUUGGAGUUAGCGUUAGAAAAUUCUACUAAUAAAAAUACUCUACCUGUAAAUAAUUUAUCUAAAUCUGAAAAAAUCAAUAAGAUAUUUACAAUGGACGUUUCACAUGCAAAUAGUAUAGUUAAUCAAAUUAAUAAACAUACAGAUGACACUAGAAAAACCGAUAAAAAAACUGAUGCUAAUUCAAACUGUGAAAGCCAUUGUUAUGUUGUUGUAGACAAAUUUGAUGAUGAUUCUGUACCAGUAAAAAGAAAAAGGGGUAGACCCAAAAAAAGAAGUAACAAUAUUACUGAUAAUACAUCAGUAAUUUCAAAAAUUGGUAAUCAAGAUCCAGUUAAGACAAAUCCAAUUGCUGCUGUUGAACCUAAAAAUACUGAUCAACCAAAAGUUAUAAAAAGAGGUCGAGGAAGACCGAGAAAAAAUGAAUUAACAUCAACUACUAUUCAAAUACCACCAAUUGUGGCAAAUUCAGCUCCAGCAAAAAAACGAAAAAGAACAAAACAAGGUUCCACUGUUUUAAAGAAGCCACGUGCAACAACAUUGAACAAUGAUAAGAUUAAUGAUUCAGAAUCGCCCAAAUUAAGUCCAAGACAGCAUGCAAAGUUGUCUUCUAGUGAAGUAAUAAAAUCUUUAACUAAAAAAAUAAAUGAAAAUAUUCCUAAUUCUAGUGAGAGAUCAUUAUCACCAAUCAUGUUAUUUCCAGGCGAUGGUAAUGAUUUUAAGUGUAUAACUUUAUCACGAUUUGAUGAUACAGUAAAAUCAUCACAGUUUACUUCAGAAGGAUGUGAUACAUUAAUCGAUCAAGAAAACACUACACCUAUUAAUUUUUCAGAAGGAUGUAAUAACUCAAAUGUACAAGAAAACACUAAAACUGUUAAUUUUUUAGAAGAAUGUAAUAACUCGAAUGUACAAGAAAACACUAAAUCUGAUAAUUUUUUAGAAGAAUUUGAUAACUCAAAUGUACAAAUAAAAACAUCUGUUAAUUUUUUAGAAGGAUGUGACAACACAAAUGUACAAGAAAACUCUACACGCAUUAAUAUUUUAGAGGGAUGUGAUGAGUCAAAUGUACAUAAAAAAACUACAUCUAUUAAUUUUUUAGAAGAAUGUGAUAAGUUAAAUGUACAAGAUAAAAUUGAUUGUGUUUCUGGUACAAGAAUUAAAAUCAAUGAGUUUCUAAGUGAAAGUGAACAAGAUGUGUUCUCUGAACUUGAAAAAGUAGAUUGGAAUCUACCACCUAAACGGAUUAGAUCAAACAGUGUUAAUAAAUCUACUAAAAUAAAAUAUCGGAGAAAUUCUCUUACUGAUAAUUUUGUGUACAACCCUCCAAAAAAAUCCAAAAAUAGUAUAUUUGAGGAUUUGAAGUCACUGAAAUCUUGGAAAAGUGUUUCUUAUUUAGAACGUGGGCCAAAUGUACAGACUGAAAGAAUCAUAAAAAAUGAACUGGUUAAAAAAUUUAGAUCAAAAUUGAAACGUAGCAGAAGUUUUCCAAACUGUUUAUUUUUAGAUACAGUUAUCUGGAGAUUUCUAAUUCAAGAAUGUGAAUAUGAAUGUGAUUCAGAAGAAAAUUAUGAGUCGUCAUCAGAUUUGGAUGCAGAUUCAAAUUCAGAUUCUGAUGGAUGUGAAAAUAGUGAGCCCAUACAGCAAUAUGAACAACCAGAAGAGAAAACCAACUAUAUGUCUGGAAAUUUAGAUAAUUUAAAUAUGAUGUGUUCUACAAAUGAUUUACCAUCAUUCCAAAUACCUCCAAACAUAAGUGAUUUGGAAAAUUCUGAUAGUGAUUCAGAGGAUCACAGAGGUUCUGAUAGAUAUGAAUGCCAUUUCCUUGAAAAUAGUGUAUCCCCGAACAUAAGCGAAUUGAAAAAUUCUGAAAGCGAUCAAGAGGAAUCUGAAGGCAAGAUUAGACGAUCUAAGCGAUUAAAUACAAAAUUUAAGGCUAGUGAUAUGUUAGAGGAAGAAUAUUUAUUAUCAUCUGAAAAUUCAAAAAUUGACUCUUUACUGUUAGCUGAUGAAAUUCGAAAAGACAACGAAAUACAUUUAGCAGAAGCUAGAGCAAAUGACCCGGAGUUGGAUAAAAAAUUAAAAAAAUUGAACUUUACUUUAAUAACUAACAAUUUAUUUAGGCCUCAUAGGAAAAAAAUGGGUGAGUAUACACCAGCGGAAGCACAAGAAUUACGGAGGCUAAAACCAAGGAUAAUUAUCAAUUCUGAUACUUAUAAAUGCCACUGUAAGUAUACAAGAAAAGAUUGGAUUGAAAAAAAGCCUGGGUGUGCUACAGAGUGUUUAAAUCGUUUAUUGAAUAUUGAAUGUGGAAAAGCUUGUGUUUUGAAGUCUUUAUGUACAAACAAGCAAUUUCAAAAUAAACAAUUCAAACGCACUAAAAUUAUCAAAACUGCAGAUAAAGGCUAUGGUGUUUUCGCGCUUGAAGAUAUCCCGAGUGGAACAUUUGUUGAUGAAUAUAUGGGAGAAGUCAUCGAUCAAUGUGAAAUGAUAAUCCGAAUGAAAAAAAUAUUGUAUAAAAAUAACAAUUAUAUGGUACAAUUGAAACAUGAUGAAAUAAUCGAUGCUACGCGGAAAGGAAAUAUUACAAGAUUCAUAAACCACAGCUGUGAACCAAACUGUGUAGCAGAAAAAUGGAAUGUGUUGGGUGAAUCUCGAAUGGGGUUUUUUAGCAAAGAGUUAAUACGAAAAGGAGAAGAAAUUACUUUUGACUACAGUUUUGAAAUAUUUGGAGAUGCUGCCCAGCAAAAGUGUUAUUGUGGCACACCAAAAUGUCGAGGAUUUAUAAGCAAAAAGUCUAGAACAGGAGAUGAUCAAAGCAGUUGUUCUGAGGACAAUGAUGAACAUGAAGAUGACAAUGUGUCGUUAAUAAUUAAACCAGAUGCAUGUUUGGAGAAGAAGAAAAAAGCAAUUAAGAAAAUAUCUAACAAAGAUAGAAAACGUUUACGACAGCUUGAUCAACAGUUAACGGAUAUCAGUAAAUUAAAAAAUAAAAACCGCUCUGACUUGGAGAGCUCAACAUUAAAUUUAAAUAAGUUAAUGGUUCAUAUCACGGAUUCAAUGAGUAGAUCGCAUAUUUUGAAAUUUAUCCGAGAUAACGAUUUAAACUGUAAGAGGUUAUUUAUGAAUUUUAAUGGAUUAAAUAUAAUACAUAGUUGGAUGACUUCAAAUAAUAACAAACGUUUGAAAUUAGAAAUUGUUGAAACUCUAUCAGAUCUUCCAAUUUCUAACAGGAACACAAUAACAAAAUCAAAAGUUUUAGAUAUUGUUGCUCAAUGGGCUAAUAUUCCAUUAAAUAUAAAAGAAAUUAUUGAAAAUUUAGAGUAUCCAAUAUCACAAAUUAAAGAACAUGAACAAGAAAUUGAUAAAUUGUUACCAGAUGUAAAAAAUAUAUCACCAUUAGUUAAAGCGGCAAGAAUUUUAUGGAAAAAAUGGAUAGUUCUGAAAAUUGUUUUUAAAAUACCAAAAUUAGAUCGUCCAAAAGAAGUGAACAUUCCUGAUGACGUUAUCCAACCACCAAUACUAUUUUCACAAACACAAACAAAUUCUGUUCCAUAUCAUUUUGGAAAUCCUGCAGUUCCUAAUCAACUUUCUAAAAUAAGUUGUGUACAAAGCCAAGGUAAUGGUCAGACCAAUUCUGUGGAUUCAAUAAGUAAAAUAAUUAAUCAUCAGAAAAUUAAUCGAGACAAGAACAAAACUGUUUUGGAAUGGAAAAAACAAUGUGAUCAUCAGCCUUUUAAAAAAAAUAAGGUUAUUAGUCCUGCCAUGGUAAAUUAUUCAAUUAAUUCAGUUUUAAAUCCUAAGCAAAGCUUAACAUCUACAUUUAAAACGAGAAUUAUACACCAAGAUAUUCCAACGAUUGAAAGCAGCACUCUUAGUAAGAAUAUAAAAUGGAGUGAUAUCACUGAAAAUAACUUAACGGUCUAUGAACUUCCAACUGAUUCUUCUGAAAAAAUUAAUUCUGCUAAUAUCGAAGUAAUUGAAACUGAACCAAUAGUAUAUUACCCUAUUGAAGAAAUUAUAACUACAAACCAAACAUGGAAUUUACCGCCUCCAACCAUUGUUGAUCUUUGUAAUGGAUCUACUCUGCAUUCUAUGCUAAAAACAGUUCCUCCAUGUUUACCAAAUGACUUUAUUUCAAAUACGUCUGAUGAAACUAGCCAAUGUUCAUUUUCUUAUGAUACUACUACUACUUGGUGUGUAAUGCGUCCGGAAAAUGUGAUGUAUGAUGCUCAACAUCCUAGCAUCCAAGAACAAUUGGCUUUCCUACCGAUUGACAUAACACUAAAAAAAUCGACUAAAACACAAUUAGAUAAUAUACCAAAUACUAAUGUAGAAAAAACAGAAUCCAAUAAAAAAUAUAAAGUGGUACAGCCACUAGAUGAAGAUAUGCAUAAAAAAUACAAAGUGGUACAGCCACUAGAUGAAGAUAUGCAUAAAAAAUACAAAGGGGUACAGCCACUAAGUGAAGAUAUGCAUAAAAAAUACAAAGUGGGACAGCCACUAAAUGAAGAUAAGCAUAAAAAAUACAAAGGGGUACAGCCACUAGAUGAAGAUAUGCAUAAAAAAUACAAAGUGGUAGAGCCACUAGGUGAAGAUAAACAUAAAAAAUACAAAGUGGGACAGCCACUAGAUGAAGAUAUGCAUAGAAAAUACAAAGUGGUACAGACACUAGGUGAAGAUAUACAUAAAAAAUACAAAGUGGGACAGCCACCAGACGAAGAUAUGCAUAAAAAAUACAAAGUGGGACAGCCACUAGAUGAAGAUAUGCAUAAAAAAUACAAAGUGGUACAGCCACUAGAUGAAGAUAUGCGUAAAAAAUUAUUUAAACAAUGUGAAGAAAAUGUGCAACAAUUAAUUGAUAAAGGAAUAUUGAAUGUUUGUAAAACAGCUAGGCAAAAUUAUGUAGAUCAGUCUCCAAUUAAAAUACUUCAAUCAUUUUUUAAUAAAAAACUAGUGAAAUCAACAAAUGUGGCACCUGAAAACAAAUCAAAUCAACAUGUUUUGCCGAACUUAAUCAAACGCAUAAAAGUAAUUAGUAGUUGUUAUCGAAAACAACCAUCCAAAAUAAUUGAAAUAAAUAAUUUAGUAAAAUCAAAUUCACAAAUAAGUAAAAAUGACAUAUUUAGAAUUAAGGAAGACCAAAAGACUGAAAUAACUGAUACAACUUCGGUAGCUUUAAUGUUACAAAAUGAACAACUAAGUACUAUUCCUCAAACACUUAACUUGAAUAAGAUGUUCAAUAAGAAAUUGUUGAAAUUAAAUACAAAAAAUAAAUUUGCGUUUAAAAUUUUGAAUGGUAUGAUAAAACAUAAUUCAAGCAUGCCCAAAUAUUUUAUUCUCCAAUUACCAUCAGAUACCAAAAUAAUAACUCAUAACCCUUCAUAUGAAUUAGAACUUCACAAAAAAUUAAUUCCAUCAGUACAAAAUAUUUUGUGUGCUGAAUUAAAGAGGGGACUUGAUAAAGGCAUCAUAAAAGUGUACAAACAAAAAAUAGUAAUGAAAUAUGAUGAAACAAAGGCCCCAGAAUCAGUUACUUUAGAUUCAAUAUUAAAAGAAAAUAUUGUUUUAUCUGGUAACAGUAUAGAAAUACCUCAAGUUAAAAAACAAUUUAAAAGAAAAAUGCCUUUGCCACCUUUACACAACACAAAAAAUAAAAAGAUUAGAGAAUCCAGAAAUCAAGCUAAUGAUAAUACAGUUUUCAAAAAACCAAUGCCUCCUGUUAUUAAUAAAAACAGCUUUCAACGUAUUAAUACUUCAGUUACUAACCAAGUGCAAGAACCUAAAAUAUCAAGUAUUGCGCUGAUUAAUACAAAUGCAAAUGAAUUUAGACAGAAACCUAGUACAUCAAGACAAAAUAUACCUAGUACUGCUUUCUUAAAAUUAGAUUUGAACAAUUUUAGAUCGGAACCUAGUACAUCAAGUUGUCUAAAACCAGAUAUUGAUCCAUCAAAAAUAAAACUAAAUGAAUUAAGUGAAAACCCAUCUAAUCAAUUAAUCACAAAUAUUACAUCGUUAAAAACAAAUGCAAAUGAAAUUAGACAAAAACCUCUAAUGAAGUGUUUACCAUUCAAUAAAGUAGACAACAUUUUAAUAACUGAACUAGAACAGAAUGCUAAACUUUUAGCCUCAACUUUAAGUAUGGAUUCCACCUAUGUCUUACCAUCAACAGAAGAUAAUAGUGAACUAAUUGACCCAAUCGUACAGAACUUCAAGAAUUCUAUUUGUCAAAAGAAAUCUAUGAUACGUGCAAAUCUUGUUGAUGAUCCAAUUGUGAGGGAUUAUAUAGAACGUACUCAAUCAAAAUCGGUUGAUACAAAACGUAAAUGUAAGCUACCAGAAAGUAUGAUGUCUUUACCCAUUGAGGUUCUUAACCUUAUACCAGACAAUCAAAGAGAAAUCAAGUAUGUUAUUGAUUUUUAUCACGCAAUGGCUACAGUUAUUGUCAAAGUAUUAGACUUGUAUGUGAAGAAGAGUUGCAAACAAGGGCGUAUAAAGAAUGAUGAUGAUUUCAAAUAUUUAGCUAAAAAGCUCAAUGCCAAUAUUUUAUUCAAAGAACUUCAAGUUAAAAAGGUAGAAGAUUUAAGAAUUAGUGAUAGUGUCAAGCAAAAAGUCGAACAGUACAUAAAAAAAUAUAUGUUAAAGUAUGGAAAACUGUACAGAAGAAAAAGUACUGAUCAAUGAUCCUGUCUGCGAUAACAUUUUCAACCAAAUAUAAGAUAAUUUUUAUGGAUAC